AUGCAGGACGCCUGGACCGCUCGCAAAGCUGAGGAGAUCCAAGGCUAUGCGGACCGCAACGAAUGGAAGAACUUCUUCUCUGCGAUCAAAGCUGUCUACGGUCCGCCGACGAAGGGCACUGCUCCUCUCCUCAGCGCCGACGGCAACACUCUCCUGACUGAGAAGACGCAAAUCCUGCAGCGAUGGGUCGAGCAUUUCCGAGGCGUCCUCAACCUCUCCUCCGUCAUCUCCGACGCCGCCAUCGAGCGUUUGCCGCAAGUGGUGACCAACGUGGACCUCGACCUCCCGCCAUCGCUCCAGGGGACCAUCAGGGCCGUGCAGCAACGCUCCAGCAGGAAAGCACCUGGAUCGGACGCAAUCCAUGCUGAGGUCUACAAGCACGGAGGUCCUCAACUGAUGGAUCACCUGACUGCGCUCUUCCAGGAGAUGUGGCGUCAAGGUAGAGUCCCGCAAGAUUUCAAAGACGCAACCAUCGUGCAUCUCUACAAGCGCAAAGGGAAUCGCCAAGUCUGCGACAAUCACCGCGGCAUCUCCCUGCUGAACAUCGGCGGGAAGAUCUUCGCCCACAUCCUUCUCAACGGCCUCAAUAAUCAUGUGGAACAGGACCUUCUGCCGGAAAGCCAAUGCGGCUUCCGUCGUCAUCGUGGGACCACGGAUAUGAUCUUCGCCGCCCGCCAACUUCAGGAGAAGUGCCAGGAGAUGCGGACCCACCUGUACUCUACCUUCGUGGACCUGACGAAAGUCUUCGACACGGUGAAUCGUGAAGGACUGAGGAAGAUCAUGCAGAAAUUCGGCUGUCCGGAGCUAUUCACUCAGAUGGUGCGUCAGCUGCACGACGGUAUGAUGGCGCGAGUCACGGACAACGGCGCUGUCUCAGAGGCAUUCGCAGUGACCAAUGGAGUGAAGCAGGGCUGCGUUCUGGCGCCUACCCUCUUCAGUUUUAUGUUCUCUGCCAUGCUGAUGGACGCCUACCACGACGAACGCCCCGGGAUCCGCAUCGCCUACAGGAUGGACGGUCACCUUCUGAAUCCACGGCGAAUGCACUUCCAAUCGCGUGUAUCCACAGCCACCGUGCACGAACUCCUCUUCGCCGACGACUGCGCCCUGAACACCACCUCCGAAGCGGAGAUGCAACGGAGCAUGGACCUGUUCUCCGCCGCCUGCGAGAACUUCGGUCUGGUCAUUAACACGCAGAAGACGGUGGUGAUGCACCAACCGCCACCCAACUCAGCCACAGCCCCCAACGCGUCGCCGCAAAUCAGCGUGAACGGAACCCAACUGCAAGUGGUGGAGAACUUACCGUACCUGGGCAAAACUCUCUCCCGCAACAACAAGAUCGACGACGAAGUCGCCAACAAGAUCUCGAAAUCCAGUCAAGCCUUCGGCCGCCUCCAAAGCACAGUUUGGAAUCGCCACGGUCUCCAACUGAGCACGAAGCUGAAGAUGUACAAGGCCGUCAUCCUGCCGACACUACUGUAUGGAGCGGAGACUUGGACGGUGUACACGAGGCAGGUGCCCAGACUGAAUCACUUCCACCUCAGUUGUCUUCGUCGCAUCCUGAGGCUAAAGUGGCAGGAUCGAAUUCCGGACACUGAUGUGCUGGAACGGACGGGAAUCUUCAGCAUCUACGCCAUACUGAGGCAAAUGCAGCUGCGCUAG